UAACAUCAAAAAAGAAAAAAUCUUAUAAAAAUAGCUGUUGAUCAUUUGUGUUUAAUUAAUUUUAAGAGCAAAACAUAACGAAAUUAUCGUAUCUAGUUAGUUAAUAAGAUUUUUAAACAAAGAUAUCAAUUAAAAAUGGAUUAAAUAAAAGAUAGCUAAAUCCUUCCAUCUUAAUUUAAUCAGUCUGCAUAAUUUAAAGAGUUUGAAGCAAGGUGCACAGAGAGGGUUUUAUAAUAUCUCACCUAGCCAAGCUAAUUUUAAGAUGAACAGCAGUAAAAGUAAGAAAAUUUGAUUGAAUAGUUUCAACUGAAUAUAGAAGAAGUACUUAAAUAUUAAACUGCAGAGCCAUAAUAAAAGGAAUAUGAACAAAAAAUCAAUAACUUAGAUGAUUAAAUGAAUAAUGGUCUUAGGCCUAGUGAAUACAAUAAUGAAAAAAUUCAAUCAAACGAUUAAAAUUCAAAACCUUCUCAAAAAUUAGAAAAAAUACCUACAUUUUCAUAAAAAGAUGAUGAAAUGUUUCAAGAUGAAAAUGCAGGAGUUGAUAAGAAAUAUUCUUAAUUCUUCCACAAUAGUCUUCAAGUUAGUGAAGACUCAUGCUAUUAAAUUUUACAAGACAAUUAAGAGCGUUUCUAAGAUGAAGAAAAAGAAGGCUAAGGCAAUCUUCUAGCUAUAGGCAAUUUAAAUGAUUAAAUGAAAAAUUAUGAGCUAUCUAGUAUUCAACAAAACACUUAGAAUUCUUUGACUAAUUUCAAUCCAAAUGACGAUGUGUUACUAACUUCGAAUAGAGAUAUUGGAAAUUAGUAAGGAUUUAGUAGCGAACUAAAUAAUUUAAUGCAACUAAACUUAAAUUUAUUAUUUCCUAAUUCACAAGUAGAUUCUGAAUCUUAAAAAUCUAGUGUUAGGAAAUAGUUUGAUAAUUAACAGUUUUUUUAGUCUUCAGGUAAUAUAGCUUCAUAUCAUGAAGGAGAUGCUAAAAAGGAAACUCUAACUGCAAAAGAACUUUAUUUGAAAGCUAAAGAGCAAAAUAGAAUAUUUUUAGAAAACCUCUAAAAGCAAAGCAUGAGAAUACAUUUUGACGAACUUCUAUUAGGUGAAAACCCAUUUAAGGAUAGCAAAUUGUUAGAAAAUGAGCUUAAAGAAAUGAAUUAAAUGACAAAUUAAGAGUAAUAGGAGGAAAUUUAUAGUUAGUUUAACUAAGUUCGUGUAAAAACUCCAGAGUUGGCAAAUAAUGAUUUAAAUAAUGGUGAAAAAACAUGCAUUAACACAUUAAUAACUGAAUGUGGAGAAUAAGGGGAUCUCUUUUUUGAUUUAAAUGAGCUUGAUAACUCCAUAGAUAAUGGAAAUUUCUACGAAAUGAUUUAAUAGAAUAUCAAUAAAGUUAAAGAAUAAACAAACUUUCCUAAUUUUAAUGCUACAUUUUAUCCCUUAGACACAAUAAACCUCGAUCAAGAAAAAUCAAAAGGAGAGUAAAUGGAUGAUAUUAUUGUUUAACUAGACCAAAAUCAAAUUAAUUCGUCCAAUUAAAUUUAAUAAAUUAAUAAUUCAUCUCGCUGGAACACUAAAAACGCAUCUUAUUCAAGUGGAAAUUAAAACCAAAAUAAUCAAUAAUGUAAGGAGCAAAAAAGUUAACCAGAAUAAAAGAAGUAGGAUUUGAAUAAGAAAAAAACUAUAAAAUAAUAGUAAAACGUAGCUCCUUAACAAGCUCCUUCUAAUAAUGCUGCAAGUUUGAUAAAUAAAUAUUAUAACAAAAAAAAUAGGUCGAACUCUUAAUAGGUUUAAUAAAACUCAAAUUACAAUUUAAACUUUAAUCUUCAUCCUUAAUAAAAUCGUAAUAGCUCCUCAGCCUUUUGUGAUAAGGAAAAUUAAAUUUGCAAAGAAACACUUAAAUAGCAUUGCUCUAAAGAGAAUGAAUAGGAUCUAAUAAUCUUGAAUCAAGAUCCUAGAAUCGAAAUAUUGCAAGUAAAAGCUGAAUAAAUGCCUUUAAAAAGCAUAUCAUCUAAUAUUUAGAAUAAUAUAACAAAAGAAAGUUCUAAGGAGAACUCAAUUAAACAGUAAAUAAAUUAAUUUAAGAAUAUUCUUUGCUCCAAAAGUGGAGUUUAAAAUUAAAAUUUAAGCAGCUUUAACAGUAGAAAAAACAGUAAUGUGUCUUCAGUAACCUCUAGGUAAGGAGCUUCUUAAAUGUCUUCUUAAAAUGGAGUUUCUUUAAUUAACUCUUAAAAUGGAAGAUAGGAAAAAAAUAAAACAAAUGGAGUUUCUGUAAGCAAAUGUAAUAAUAGUAACACUAACCAGAGCCACUAACAAGUUAACUUAAAUAUCUUAACUAAAUCUAUAACUCAUUUAAAACAAGCAAACAAAUAACAAAAGUAAAACUUUGAAAAUCAAGAAAAUUAAUAUAAAAAUUAGUAAAAAAAAAUAACAAAAAAUGCUGCUUAUGAAGCGCUUUAGAAAAUUAAAAAUGCUCGCUCUUAACAACCAUAAUAAGGAGCAAACAAAGAAGAUAUAUAACACUUUUCAUAGAAAAGAAAAAGAGCAUAAAGUAUUACUGGGGAUUACUCAAAAAAUCAUACUACUCAUUCUUCAAUAGAUUAAAAAAUAGAAUCAAAAUUAAAUACCGAAGCUACUAGCUCUUCAUCUUAUUGUCAUACUGAUCAAGGAUCAGAAUUUAAAAGAAUUAACAAAAGGUAAUCAGUUCAAGCAUCUUAAAUUUGCUAAUCUUUAGAAGAUCUUCCAAGCGCCAAAGCUAAAGAAAUUUCUUCUGACUAAUAUUUGAGAAGCUCAUUAAAUUAAGUAAGAAACUCCUUUAACGAUUGCCUCAAUUCAAGUGUGGCUAAAAUACUAAACAAUCCUAGAAAAAUAUCAAUCUAUGAGGAUUAGCACCUUAUGGAUGCUAAAAAGCAAGAAAUAGAAGCAUUGCAAAACUUAAUUAACAGCUACGAAUAAGAAGAGUAAAAAUUCAACUCAAAGUUAAAUGAAAUGAAUGCCAAUAAUAUCGUAAUUGGAGAUAAAAAAUUCAUAUAAUAAAUAAGAAAAUCCAGAGAAGAGAGAAAGCAUUCAACUAGUAAUGUUUUAGGUAUUCCAACUAAUGUCUCAUUUACUUCCAGAAAUAAUUCAAUGAGUAUCAAUCAAUAAUUAGAAGCAACAUUCUCAAACCAACAGUAAAGAUAAAGUCAUUCAACUCAGCAUAACGAUUUCAACUAAGUUCAUCGCCUAUCAGGAAGCUUUACAACAAAGAACUCCAGAAAUCAUGAAAAAUCUUCUUAGUAAAAUAGCUUUUCAAUAGACUCCAGAAUUACUAGCAAUAACUAGAGCUAGAAUUAAUCAAUGAAUUCUUAAGUAUAGUAAUAACCUUGGUUUAUGAAAAAAGCACCUUUUUAUGUAAAGCAACAACAGAAUUAGUAGAUCAAUAAUCAUUAGAUCAGUUAAGAUGCUAUCUAAAAUGUAGCUCCUUCCAACACAGCUCGUUCAUAUAUUAACAAAUCUUAAAAUGAAAUAGAAAAUAAAUCUCAUUUAACAAGUUAAUGCGAAGUUGUGUCUAACUCUCCAAACCCUAAGGAGUAAAUUAAUGGAAUCAUCAAGGAUCUUAUAUCUGACAAGGUGUAUUUACAAGCUGUAGCUUUGUUUACUUCUUGCUAUUAUUACUCUAAGUAGGGCACAUAACCAUAAAAUAAUUAAUCUAGCAUCGGAGCUUCUUUUGAAUAGAAAGAUACUCCUACUAUUUGA